CAUACUAGUAUAUCACAAUUCACUCUCUCCCAUUUCUCUCUCAAAUUCAGAACCACCACCACAAUGGAUUUCCUCACAACUUCUCCUUCUCUCUCACGACGCAUUCCCACCCUUUUUUCAAAACCAACCAUUUCUUCUUUCAACUCGAAACCCCAUUUCCCUUUACAAUUUUCCCAAUUUCGCACAACUCCAAUCAACUGCGUUCUCACAACCCCAUCUCCUUCCAAAAAUCCAAACUUUAACCCCCAACUUCAAAAACCCAGUAUCACUUUUCAACUGUCUUCGCCGCAGACGCCGGAACGGGCUAUCAGAGGUGCUGAAUCUGAUACUAUGGGGUUGUUGUUGAGGGAGAGGAUUGUGUUUUUGGGUAGUGAAAUUGAUGAUUUUGUUGCUGAUGCUAUUAUGAGUCAGUUGUUGCUUUUGGAUGCUCAAGAUCCUACUAAAGAUAUCAAACUUUUUAUUAAUUCUCCUGGUGGUUCCCUCAGUGCUACAAUGGCUAUCUACGAUGCAGUGCAGCUUGUUAGGGCGGAUGUAUCUACAAUUGCAAUGGGCAUUUCAGCAUCAACAGCCUCAAUUAUCCUAGGUGGUGGCACCAAAGGUAAGCGGCUAGCUAUGCCCAAUACGCGAAUCAUGAUAGCUCAACCACCUGGAGGUGCUAGUGGACAAGCUAUAGAUGUAGAAAUUCAAGCUAAAGAAAUCAUGCACAACAAGAAUAAUGUGUCCAGAAUUAUAUCUUCCUUCACCGGCCGCUCACUUGAACAAGUUCUGAAAGAUAUCGAUAGGGAUAGAUAUCUGUCUCCAAUUGAAGCCGUGGAAUAUGGAAUUAUUGACGGGGUAAUCGAUAGAGAAAUGAUUAUUCCUCUCCUGCCAGUGCCAGAAAAGGUGGAAGAAGCAACACUAAAGAUCGAUGAUGCGGAUUUCCUAAACCCACAUAUCCCAGAUGAUGAGAUAUACUAGCCUUUAAUGACGGAUAGUGGUACGGUAUAUCAUUGAAUACUUAAGAUUCAUCCCCUUGCGGGGCUUGCAGUAUACUGCAUUUUAGGCAAAAAAAAAAUGAUGUUGUAACAAACUCUGAAAAUUUCAGGCUUAUUGUGUGUAGGAUGCCGCGGCAUUUUUAUUUGUCUUUCAACUGUGAUCCAGUAACGGAGAAAUUUGUUGAUUAUUGUUAUAUUGAUUGUUCCUUUCUUA